AUGGAUGGAGUGGGCGGAUACGCCGGGUGGAGAUGGAUCUUCAUCCUUGAGGGCCUGCUCACAGUCGUCGUGGCUUUUAUCGCCCCGUUCGCCAUCUACGACUCUCCUGAGAAGGCUACUUUUCUCACGAAGGAGGAGCGAGAAUGGGUGAUUUGGUCGAUGCGCAAUCAGGCCAAGAUUGGACAGUCAGCUCCUGAAGAUGAGGCUGUACAUGCGAAAGAGUCGAGCAAGUUCCGUUCAAAGUACGUUUGGGACGCUUUGACGGAUUGGCAGAUCUACGUUGGCCUUUUUAUGUACUGGGGCAUCACGUGUCCACUGUACGGAGUCUCUUUCUUCCUCCCGUCUAUCAUCAAGAGUUUGGGAUACACUUCCUCGACAGCGCAGUUGCUCACCGUACCCAUCUACAUUACCGCUGCCAUAGUCGCAGUUGGUGGGGCGUGGCUGUCUGACCGACGCCGGCAACGGUCACCUUUCAUCCUCUUUUUCAUGUCUCUGAUCGCUAUUGGGUUCAUAAUUGUGAUUGCGUCAAGCGGAAGGGGGGUCCCGGGAGUCGUCUAUUUCGGCGUAUUUCUUGCCGUAGUGGGAAUCUACCCCGCCUUCCCAGGAAACGUCACUUGGCUCAGUGUCAACCUGGCUGGUGACUACAAGCGCGCCGCUGGGAUGGCCAUCCACAUCGGGGUGGGCAAUUUGUCUGGCGCCAUGGCGUCCAACUUUUACCGUGAACAGGAUGCACCCAAGUAUAUUCUUGGGCAUGCGCUAGAGCUCGGAUUCUGCGUGGCUGGGAUAAUUGCGGCUGUCAUACUUCGUCUCGGGUACCAGAGGAUCAAUCGGAAGCGUGACCGGAUGGAUGUCUCCCGAUUCGAUCCCGUGGAAGCAGCGAGACUUGGAGACCGUGCGCCAAAUUUCCGAUAUAUGCUCUGA